UUCGACUCAGCUCGACGAGCUCUUUCGAAUGACAUAUAAAUCGUCCAAUUCUGAGCCUGGUACGGAAACUGUAGUUAGGCCGAAUUAAAUUCUCCAACAAUCUCGAUGGGCGUUCCUGCUUCCUUCUCAUUUUUAGCUCGAAAAAGGAAUUCGACAAAAAGUCUGUUGUCGACAAGUAUUGUUGUUGUAAAUGACGGAGCAUCAACUUCAGCCUCAAUUAGCGAUGUGAAUGCCGAAUUGGAUUUGAGGAGGAUUAAGGAAAUCCCUCAUUUCCUUCCAUUAAUGCAAGGUGUUUUGCCUGGUUAUCGAGAUCUACCCGAAAUUCUCUUGAAAAUUGACCCUCGUCCAAUUUAUAGAUUUCUUCAGCGAUUACAACAACAUUUUCGGGAAUGUACUGAAGCAGUCACGACAGAACAAGGAAGAAUAUUUGCACAUAUUGUUGAGGUUUUUUUGUAA